CUGGAUAAAUAGAGGCAACAGAGCUCAGAUUUGCAGACAGAUAAAAGGCGACUCAAGGACUUUGACAAGACAGAGGAAGAAUAGAAAGAAACAGGCAUUGAAUUAGAGAAUUGAUGUCUUAUUAAACUGAUGAGCACAGCUCUGACUCUUAUCAACUUACAGUGCAACUAUAAGACAGAAAUAAACAAAAAAGAGUGAGGAAAAAAACCAAGAUCUCACAUCUAAACUCCUUCAGCAGAACGUGAAAGAGCCCCAACCUUCUCACUGAGGUCUUUAAAACCCAACUAUUUAAACAUUUGCCAGUAGAGGUUUAGACGAGGAUCGUUGUCAAGAGCUAUGGAAAGCUUUAGAGCUUUUUUCCUGCUGGUUUUUCUUUGUUCACAGAUUUUCUGUUUUGAAGAUGUGCCCAGUUUGGAGGAAGACCCUGGGACGGCCCCAUCUCUGAAGGAUGAAGGCUUGCAGAGCGGCUCACUCCAGCGCUUGGCACAGCUGAUGAAAAGGGGGAAAUUCCAGCAGUUCUACGGCCUGAUGGGAAAACGGGCUAGUGGGGUGCCACAUACUUCACCAGAGGAGCAUAAGAGGCACCAAGGACAGACGUUCAUAGGACUCAUGGGACGAAGAUCCUCCAGUGGAGAGUCAACACAGGACUGGGACAACGGCCAACCACUUCCUGCAUGGGAGCCAUAGCAUGACACUCCAUCAGCAACCAAUAUCUGCUCCUUUCCUUCACAAGCACUAGAUUACGAUAGCUAUAUAGUCUGCUCAUCUAUUCACACCCCAUGAACGGAGUAACACAGUGCUUUCUAGUACCAGAUAAGCGCUUUAGGAUCUUUUCUUUUACUACUGUCUCCUUUUGUCAAACUGCUAUGAUGUAUAAAUGUAUUGCUGUUGCAGCGAAGAGUUGGCGCUUUCUUUACAUCACAUUCGAUGAGCAGUGCACAGGGUUAGCACAUCCCGUCCUUACUCCUGUAGACAGACAGACAUACACACUUUGGUUUCCUCGAUAAAGCCUGAAAUGUAAGUUCUUAAAAAUCAAAAGAGGAAGGAAAUGCUUAUCUAAUAACUUUUCUUCAGUUUUUUAAAGUUAAUAACCUGACUGCAGGGAGCUAGUGGGGACAUAAAAGUUGAAUAACUUAAGUACACAACGUAUAUGGCAAGAAAGCUUUAUUUUCUCUCCUUCAUCUCCCAUUUCAAUUCAUUAUGGAAUAAGCAUCCAUUGUGGGGCAAGCACAAAA